CGCUGAUGAGUUAUUUACAAAGGCACCCAGGGUGAGGGAGGAUCCUCCACGCCCCUUUACCCAUUGUCAGGGCCCCCUCGGCAGUUUCCGCUCCUGCUUCGGCUCCUUUCGUCUUGCUACCCUCCGCCCUGUGGGAGAAAGUUGGAAAGCUUCGGGAGUGCCGCUGAUUCUUCCGGGUCUCGCUCGAGAGUUCCGCGCAGCAACCACGCAACUCACCUGGAGAAGCUGCGACCUCCGGCAGACAGCACCGCUGUCGGCUUCUUACUUAGAAGCAUCACCAGGCUGUUUGUGUGUGGUGUCCUCAUCCGCGCUGGUGCCUCUUCUCCGCCAGCCAGCGCGCCAGUCCACCCGGUUCUUAAAUUUGGCCGCGUCCGGGGCUAGGUAGGAGGGUGCAAAGUUAUCAGAAACUCGUUUCUCUCCCCCCCCCUUUGCCUCGUUGGGAAGAUGGCCACCGGUGGCUACCGGGGCAGCGGCGGCAGCACCACCACCACCACCGACUUCCUGGAGGAGUGGAAAGCCAAGCGGGAAAAGAUGCGGGCGAAGCAGGCACCGCCGGCGGGGCUGUUGGCGACGGCUGCAGGGGAUUGGAAAGCCGCCACCGCCACCAGCAGCAGCAGCGCCGACGCCGCCGACGCUACCGAGGUUAACAAUAACAACGGCGGCAUGAACUGCAUCCCUCUAGUCAGAAAUGCGCCAAAGGAGCCCCCGUCGCCUUCCCCAGCCGGAGCCAGAGCGGGAGGCGCGGAGCCGCUGGGGGCCAAACCCGGCGUGGUGCCGCCGGGCUCCCCAAAAGAGGAGAAAAUGGCAGCCAAGAGCAAGGGUUCCUCUGGUCCAAGCGCCCGGAAAGGGAAAGGACAGAUUGAGAAAAGGAAGCUGAGGGAGAAGAGGCGCUCGACAGGUGUAGUGAACAUCCCGGCCACUGAGAGCUUGGACGAAUAUGAUGAUGAUGAAGCAGGACAAAAGGAACGUAAAAGGGAAGAUUCAAUCACACAACAGAAUACAGUGCAGAAUGAAUCAGCCAGUGCAGACCCAAGUGUCUCAUAUAUAUUACAGGAUACCUCCAGGACAAUUUCAAACAGAUAUAAAAGCACAACAAACACACCAGAUGAUGAUGUUUCUAGCAGAUACUCGCGAGCUGCAGACAGGACAGGAUAUAACAGAUACAGCAGGGAUGCAAAUUCUUCUGGGAACCUUGUACCAAAUAAUUCUUUGGAAAAGAAGAUUGAAGAUCUUGAAAAGGAGUUGGCAAAGGAGAGACAAGAAAACCUCCGCCUUGUGAGGACAGCACAAGACAAAGAGGAAUUGAUUGGGAAACUGAAGGAGGAAAUUGAUUUAUUAAACAGGGACCUAGAUGAUAUAGAAGAUGAAAAUGAGCAAUUAAAGCAGGAAAAUAAGACACUCUUAAAAGUUGUUGGACAGCUGACAAGGUAGAAGUUGGAAGCGUCAGUGAGGAAUGAAAUAUGAAAACUACUGAUUGAAUGUUUGAAGAUCAAGGCUAGAAUAUUUCCUUUGCUGCAAUAUGUCAAAAUAACUGUCUUUAUAUUUAUUAUUCUUGAUGGGAGAAGAAUGAAUAUUUUACAUAAUACUCUUCCUUCCUUCAAUGAAAUAGAUUCAAGUUUUGUGAGUAUUUCUAAACUCAUUCCCUUGCAUUUCCCAAGAUAAUUAAUUUGAAUAUAGACAUCUCUCAAAAAGUCAUAUUCUUGAUUGUUCAGUGUAUCUUUGUAUGUGUGUGACCCAGUUUUUAAGAAUAAUUGGAGCAAACUUUGUUUACACAGAUUCAAAUGUAUAUAUUGGGAGAUAUUUGCUAUUUGUUUAAACAGCUGUAAAGUGUGGGUGCCUUACUACGGUAAUGUGAAACAUUUUACAGUUGUGUUGCUUAUUCUACAAAGAAUCUUGUAUUUUGUGAUUUUAUUUUAUACUAUAUCUGAAAUACUGACAACGGUAGAUAGUAUUCCUCACCCCUGUAUAGCUGCUCUCUGACAGAAAAAAGUUUUUGAUAAAUCAUCAGUGACCAAUCAUUAUCAAUACUAGCAAAGUAGUUUUUAGGAAAAUGCCUAUAUUGCAUACUAUAGGUUAAUCACAAUGCUUGUGUGUCUACAGGGGAAAAAUGAUUCUUUUAUACAAGGGGAAAUCCAGAGCAUCCUACUCUUUGCAAUUAAUAAAGGCUAUGCCCGAGUUCAGGCACAAUGAUCAUGGUACAAUAAACCAUGGUUUAUUGAACUGAGAGCAAGAAGCCCAUUUUAAAUCCUGGUUUGGAGUCAGAGAUUAAACUAUAGCUUCCUAAUGUGCAUGCAAGGGGACAAUUGUGAUUUAACAAACGCUGAAAGCUUUGCAUCACCAUGCAAGAGAGAAGGAAGGAGAGUGAGUAUAGGAUGAUGCUUGUUCUCAGUCCAGUGAACCAUGGUUUAUUGGACUGAAAUUGUUAUGGAUGAAUCACAGUUUUAUGAGAGUGGUAUACUGUGGUUUACACCCAUGAUUUAUAUCAUGCUAGUAUCAAAAUAUAGUAAAUCAAGGAUAAUGGAUUCAUUUUGUAACAUUAUGAGCAUAUGUAUAAAAUGUACGCAUCAGGAUCGUGUGUGUUUUGUAAUGGUGUUUGAAGCUGUGAUAAAAAUUGUUGAUGAAUAUAGUUUACAAAAGGGAAGCUCAUGAUUUUUGGGACCUCUAAAAGUGUUAUAGAAAAACAUCUAGAAUAAUACUAGUAUUUGUUAAAAUAAAAUAUGUUGCAUGUUCUCUUAUACACUAACGUUAGUUGUCUGUAUCAAUAUUUUGUGUUGCAAACAAUGAAAUAUCCUUUAUAAACCACUGAAAUGUGAGCUUAUCUGGGGAGUACAUUAUUCAGUUUUGGUUUAGAUAAGGGUCUUGAGAAUAAUUCAAAGGAAAGUCUCUCCAAAACCUCAAGCUUUUUCUGAUCUGAAUACAGAUAUAAAGAAAUGUAUUGCAAGUACUGCUUAGCAUUGUACGCUACUUAUAGAACUGGUGUUCCUGCUGUUCUGCAGCAUUAAUAAUUUCAGUUUGGCAUAAUAUGUCAAAAGGCUUUGGGAAGAAAUAUCCAUAACACAUUAGUGCAGUGAUUCCCAAAUGGUGUGCCAUGAGAGAGGCUGGGAGAAAAUUAAGCUACCGUGUUGGAUGCAUUCACUACUCUAUGCUCCUUACAGCAGGUAAGCCCUGUGCACAUUAAUCUCCCAUUCUGCCUUAUAUAUGAGUAGUAACAUCAUCCCAAAGAAUGUACCAGGAUUUCACGAUCCAGUUUAUGCUGAUGAUGAUGGGUGUGGGUGGAUCCCAAGAGGCAAUGUCCUAUCCCUCAGCCCUGACUAACUGGGCAAAAAGGGGGCAUGACCCUGAGAUGCAAUCUCUAUUAGGCUAUUCUCCAUUUACAAGGACAGUGCCUGCCCGUCUGGGAGCUGAUGCGGAGGGUGAGUAAAUAUUUAUCUUUGAGUGCAAGAGUGAAGUAUACUUUCAGAUUUAAUACAGGGGAAAACCCUGAGGCUUGGCUUACAAAAGUCUGAGGAAACUGUAUUGGAAAAUGAGGCACAUCAACUUAAUUACGUGAAUUUAUUUAAUGUAAAAUAAUAUUUGCAUGGAAGAGUAAGCUUGCAGUAAGGAGCUUCUCAUCUGAUCUUCUGGAGCAGUGGUUGAGGCUGCAAUUGUAAUCACAUUUAUCUGGAACCAAGUCCCACUGCUCUUAAUUAUGCUUACUUCUGAGCAGACACUAGCAAUUGUUUAUAUGUUUGAGAGAUAGCUUAUGUUAACACAAUGUUGCUCAUUGCUCAAAACACAAGCCAUCAAAACAAGCCAUGAAAAUUUGUUCCUGUGUAGAUCUUCAUAAAGAAUUUAUAUAUUUUCACUCUUGGUAUGAAGGCAACAUCAUUGGAGGCUGGUGGCUCUGAUGUCAGUGGGGUAGUGAAUCUGCUCCGGCUUUUAGUCCAAAUUUUCAAGGAGCUAUCCAAGGUGCUCAAGCCACUGGGCAACAUGAAUCCUCUUUUCACUUUUAAAACUAGUAGGUCCUUAAGUCUUACAAGGCCUUGAGGGCAGAAGAGACACUUGCUGGUGUAAGGGAAGUAGAACAUAGACCAGAGCUGAAGAAGAAAAAAGCCUAGCACUUCUCUUGUGAAGCUUCCAUAUACAAUUAGGCUAUUGGUUCAUGAAUAUUCUGGCCAGCAAUGGCUCUCCAAGGUUUCGCUCUGCCCCACUAACAGAACUGCUGACAGUUGAACCAUGAACCUCAUAUGUACAAUGUAUGUGCUAUGGUUGAUAUUGAUAGUAAGUAUAUAUUUGUGUAAGCAGGGAGUCAUUAAACAGAACACAAAGCAAUCUUAAGAUAAGAAAUUAGAGAGGCGUUAAACAAAAAUAACUCUGGGUUUUUAAAAGAGUUGUCAGUUUUUAUUCUGUGAAGCUGCUUAUUGUGAGACUGCUUUGAAUUUAGGUUAAUGAUGGCGAAUUACAGAGUAUCAGUAGCACCUACAUUGGGCUAAAUUUUACCUCAUUUGGGACGGUUGUGUGUUUUAGAGAUUAAUUUUGGACUUUUGUCCUAAAGUCAAUUAUUCAGAAAAAUGUGCGUGUUCUGCAAAAAAAAAAAAAUCCCAAAUGGCGGGAGCUCUAGGGUUUCCUUAGAAAUUGUUAGGUAAUGAUUUAAUAAUUUCAAUUAAAAAUGACUGUGCAGUCUAUAAUUAAUGACAUUAUUCUUUCUUUUCAUACCAUCUAAUGUAGAUCUAUAACAAUUGUACAUAUCUGAGUACAGUUGCUUAGUUAAUGUGCAAAUAUCCUGGAGACCUAGCACCAGAAAUAUUUGCCAUUACAAAUUCAAAGUUACCUCACGAGUACUAUCAAGAGCACAUGUGCUAUACAAAGGAGGCUCAAAAUGUAUAGGUUUUCCAGCCAUAUCCUUUAGGGAAAGUCAUUUGUUUAAAAGUCAUGUUUUGUUCUUGAAGUAGAAUUGUUAACUCUCCACAUGAGUUUUUGAUUUACAAUGAAAACAAUAUAAAUGGUGUCUUCUCCCUUCCACCUUUCCUAUUUUAUUUGCAUUGUAUACCUAAUUUAUAGUUGGCAGUUCCAAAUAUUUGAGUUAAAAAAGAGAGAAAUUACAGGCAAGCAGUGUUUUUAUUGUAGACUACCUAGUUUGCUGUGACUCAUUAACAGUUUCAUUAUGUGAAGAGCCUUUUGUGAAGUCUCUAGUGAUUUUAUUGUAAUUUGCUUCAAGAUACCUUUAGCGUGCUUGAUAUCAGAGUGAGGCAAAACCACACUGAAAAAAGAGGUAAAAAGGAAAGAGCAGGGAACGUUUGCCUUUGAAUUGACAACACACACACCUCUAUUUUCCUGGAGCAAAGUCAAAGUUACUCUUUCCAGUUAUGGAAAAAAUAUAAUAUGGUCAAGUAACUAUUUAACUUUUUUCAAAAAGACAGAUGGAGCACAUUUUUAUAAAAUGUUGGAUUUUAUUCUGUGACAUCAGAUUCUCUAUUCUUGAAGAACUUCUCACUUUUACAAUUUUCAGAAGUAUCGGUUGGAACUUGGAAGAUGGGUAAGGUUCAUUCCCUUUUGGCCCCGAAGGCUACUGCACAUCCUCCAGCGGAUGGCAACACUUACAUUCACAAUCAGUAUCAUGACCCAGGAUGGCUCCAGCAGGAUAGUAUUUGCACUUUCCAUUACAGGCAAGGCUUUCCAGAAUCCCUUCAGUGAGAUCAGAAUUUAAUGUUUGUGAAAGAGAGUACACAAAGUGAUAAGCAAUGGAAUACAUGCCAGUUCUCGAUUCCCUCCAGGACCCUUUUUGUGCCUAAGAUGUUGCUAAUGUAUCCUUGGCUAUCAGUGAGAGGGGUAAAAUGUCUCCAGCAGAAACACGUUAUGUAUAGUAAGGCUUGCAAAAGCAAAGGGAAACUGAAUAAAUACAUUGCUGCAAUGUGCAAAUGACUAUUGAACUUUCCUUAAACGUUUCCACACCUGUGAUUUCUAGUCAUCUUUCUUGUUAUAUACAUAUAAUAUGCAAACCAAUUGUAUAUGAAGUUAUUGCUUACCAUAAUUACAUGUGCAACUGAUGUGCCACACCACGUAUCUGUAUGGCAAUGUAAGGAUUUCUUAUCUCAUUGAAACAGUUGUCCAUUGGUCUGUUGCUUAUAUUCUGUUCUGGUUUCAGAAUGUUUCUUGUUACUAGUACUUUCUGCAAAAGCUGCUAAAAAUAAUCUUCUGUAGAUGUAACCCAGAGUCAAAACUUGCGUGAAUAAUUAAGGGUUGUUUUUUUAAAAAAAUGAAUCACUGAACCCUCACUUAGCAAUAAAGGAAUAUAUAUACACACUUAUUCUCUUAGUAACAGUUAAUUAUUGCUUUGUGUCAAGAGAUUUAUUGCCUACUUAGUAAUGU